AUGGCAGAUGGUACCUACAGGUUCCAGCAGCCUGGGGCCGGGCAGUUCUAUUUCCAAGCACAAGCACAACAGAACCCUCAUCAGCGACACAUCGUUCGGAACGGGACCAAUUCGCCGACGGGUCGAUUGAAAUUCAACAACGACACCCCCUCCCCGUCCCGAUCCCCUGCCCUCAACCAGGCUGCUGCUCUUACUUCCUUCAACAAUAUGUACAGCCAAACGCACCAAGGUCAGCAUGUCAUGAUGAAUGGCGGUCAGGCCCACCAGCGGUUUGGUAUGCAGAUCCCCAAGUUCCAAUCACAAACCCACCACUCCCAUCACACACAACAGCCGCAUCAUCACACCCAUCACUCUCAAGCGACCCACAACCUCACCCAUCAACACAAUUUCGCCGGCGGCUCACUGGCCACGACCACGACCUCGCAUUUCACCUCAACUCAUUUGCAGAAUGGAGUACCGACCGCAGACGAUGAUCUGGAUGAAUCAAUGAACGAGCAUUGGCAGCAGCAGCUCCAGCUUGCAGCGGAGUCUAGACAAGCUACCUCUCCUCACUACUAUGCUCGCAUCAUUGCGCAGCAAACGAAAGGAAUCCAGCUUAUGUCCAGCCAAACUGACACAGAGAAUGGGACCGAGGGGCGCAAUGGUGCAACCGCGGGGAAGCCAGCUAGCCGACAAGGUUGGAAUGCGCUUGAUUUCGGUGGUCAAGGAUUGCGCGCUUUGACCACAUCAUUGUUCAACUAUGGUUUCAUUGAGAAGCUGUACCUCAACUCCAAUAAGUUGAAAGUCCUGCCUCCUGCUAUUGGACAGUUGCGCAAGUUGACCCAUCUCGACCUUUCCGGCAAUGACUUGACAGAGCUGCCAGAAGAACUGGGCAUGCUCUCCAACCUUAAGAAACUCCUCCUGUUCGAUAACAACAUUCGCACUCUCCCUUACGAAAUGGGCUACCUCUACCGGUUGGAGACCUUGGGCAUUGAGGGCAAUCCUUUGAACGAUGUCCUUAAAUCUCAGAUUAUGAAGGAUGGCACAAAGGCUCUUAUCAAGUACCUGAAAGAAGAGAUGCCAGUCCAUCUACCUCCCCCCGACCGUGAUUGGGUCAUUCUUGACGAUACUUCAGCCUCGUCCAACAGCAAUACGGAAAAGAUCACCGUUUUGUCGUACAAUACGCUGUGCGAUUCUUCCGCUACCCAAUCCCACUACGGCUACGUACCCUCGCGUGUUCUUUCCUGGGAGUUCCGCCGUGAACUCAUUCUCAACGAAUUACGAUCUCAUAAUUCCGAUAUUGUCUGUCUGCAAGAGGUGGACCAAGGAAGCUACAAUAAUUUCUUCCGCGAACAGCUUGCCUACAAUGAUUACAAGGGUGUCUACUGGCCUCGUGGUCGUGCAAUGGGCAUGCAGGAGGAAGAUGCCCGGUCAGUGGAUGGCUGCGCGACGUUCUUCAAGGGAAGCAAGUACAUCCUGUUGGACAAGCAGUUGAUCAACUUCGGCCAGACGGCUGUCCGUCGCCCAGACGCUAAGGGUCAAGAUGAUAUCUACAACCGCCUGUGGCAGAAGGAUCAUAUUGCCGUUGUUGUCUUCUUGGAAAACCGGCAGACUGGUGCUCGCUUCAUCAGUGUGAACGCUCAUCUGUAUUGGGACCCGGCGUUCAAGGACGUCAAGCUCAUCCAAACUGCUAUUCUGAUGGAGGAAAUUACCAAGCUUUCAGAUAGCUAUGCCAAAUGGCCCGCUUGCACGGAUAAGACCGCAUUCCGUUUCUCAGAGGCCGAAAGUGGCUCCGAGUCUGCUCCCGUGGUGGAACCCGCUCCGUCGAUGGAGUACACCAGUGGUGAUCAGAUUCCUGUUCUCAUGUGUGGUGAUUUCAACUCCUCGCCUGGAUCCGCGGCUUAUAACCUCAUUUCUACUGGACGACUACCCGAAGCCCACCCUGAUCUCGAGAAGCGACUCUACGGAAACCUCAGCCGGGUUGGCAUGACCCACCCCUUCAAGUUAAAGUCGGCCUACUCCUCCAUGGGAGAACUCAGCUUCACCAACUACACCUCCGAUUUCACAGCCAUUCUCGAUUAUGUCUGGUACUCCUCAAAUACUCUCCAUGUCUCGGCAUUGCUCGGCGAAGUGGACAAGGAGUAUCUCCGCCGCGUUCCUGGAUUCCCGAAUUUCCAUUUCCCGAGUGAUCACGUCGCAUUGCUUGCGGAGUUUACAGUAAAGGGCAAGAAAGGAAAGGUGGUAGAGGCUGACUUUGGACCGCAACGGCACUAA